AUGGAUUCGUUAUGGGAGCUGCCGGUGCCUUCAGUGGUUCUCAGUGCAGGGGGCAAGCGAGGCAGCUUGUGGGGACACAAGCCCGAGGCGCUGGUGGUGCCGCUGCUCUACCUGCUCAUCUUCCUCGUGGGCACCGUGGGCAACUGCCUGGUGCUGGCUGUGCUGCUGCGCAACGGGCAGGUCAACAACACCACCAACCUCUUCAUCCUCAACCUGGGGGUGGCUGACCUCUGCUUCAUCCUCUUCUGCGUCCCCUUCCAAGCCACCAUCUACACGCUGGACGGCUGGGUGUUCGGGCCCUUCCUCUGCAAGGCCGUCCACUUCUUCAUCUUCCUCACCAUGUACGCGAGCAGCUUCACCCUGGCCACCGUCUCCGUGGACAGGUCCCUGGCCAUUCGCUAUCCCCUGCACUCCCGCGAGCUGAGGACAUCCCGGAACGCCCUAAGUUGCCUCAUCUGGGCUUUUUCCCUCAUUUUCUCGGGCCCUUACCUCAGUUACUACCAGCAGUUUGAGGUGGCCAACCUGACUGUGUGCCACCCCAUCUGGGAGAUCUCCCGGCGCAAGGUCAUGGACAUCUGCACGUUUGUCUUCAGCUACGUCAUUCCCGUGCUGAUCCUGAGUCUCACGUACAUGCGGACUAUCCGCUACCUCUGGAGGUCUGUGGACCCUCUCCAAGACAUGUCAGAGUCCAAAAAAGCCAAGCGGAAGGUGACCAGGAUGAUCAUCAUUGUAGCUGUCCUGUUCUGCCUCUGUUGGCUGCCCCACCACCUGGUCAUCCUCUGCGUUUGGUUUGGGUAUUUCCCCCUCAAUCACGUCACCUACGCGCUCCGCAUCCUCUCCCACCUCAUCUCCUACGCCAACUCCUGCGUGAACCCCAUUGUCUACGCGCUGGUCUCCAAGCACUUCCGCAAGGGCUUCAAGAAGAUCUUCAUCUGUCUCCUGCGUGGGAAGGCAGCCAGCGAGGUGCACGCGGUGCAGGGGACGAACACGGCGAGCGCGCUGGAGGCAGAGUCCAGCGAGGCCACGCGCCCGAGCGAAGCCCUGCCGGGCCGGCCCCAGCGCUGGCAGGAGGCAGCGGGACAGCAGCGAAAAGUGCCCGGCUCCUUCCUCACCUUCAGCGUCUCCUAG